AUGAUAUUUGCGUCCGGACUUGCCCCCCACUUUGCAAUGACCAGCAUGCAGGAUAUGAAGAUCAAAGCUCGCUCCCAGCUGCGUAUUUCCGGCCUUUUCCCAUCCGCAUACUGGUUUGGACAAGCCCUGGUGGACGUCGCCCUCUCUUGGCUCCUCCUUUUCCUGAUGAUCGCCAUCCUGUUUGCAUUCAGCUAUUCCUUCCAUCUGUCAUUUUUAAAUGCGGUGCUGCUUAUUGUGGAAGUUUUGGGUUACGGCAUGGCCAUGGUCCUCUAUGUUUACCUGAUCACAUUGGUGUUCGGGAGGAAGAAGAUUCAUCAUGACCGAUGGUCCUUCUUCUUCAUCUUGUCCUCCGUCAUCCCGGCAAUCCUCCUGUGGGUCGUCAUUACCUUUCCAGUGGAAAUUUAUUUCCUCUACUUGAUCUUGGUGCCGCCCAGCAGUCUGAUGGCGUUUUUGAUCCACCUGGUUCACCUGAAAGAAGAUUAUUACAGGGUUCAGUUGUCAGUUGCGUACGGCCACCUGGUGAUUCCGUACGCACAGACUAUCGUAUUCUGGGGCCUCCUGUGGUUCUUGGAAUGGUGGAUUGGAACCAGAAGUUUAAAACAAGAUCCAGUAUUCAGGUUUACCAAAAGAAAACAUCCUUUUACCCAGAAUCCCGAGGAGCUGGAAGAUGCCGAUGAGGAGGUCCUGGCUGAGAAAGAAAGGGUUAACACCUUGAAAACCACAGAUCAGAAGGAGGAGAGGCCGACCAUCCUUGUGGACAGUUUGCGGAAAGAGUUUAAGGAGAAGUCAGGCUUCUGUAGAUUCUUCAGGAAGGAGAAGAAGAGAACGGCCAUCAGCCACACCUCAUUCUGCGUUAAGAAAGGUGAAGUUCUGGGACUUCUGGGCCCCAACGGAGCCGGCAAGACCACAUCUGUGCUGAUUCUGGCGGGGGAGAUGAAGCCAUCGGCUGGACAGGUGGUGCUAGGCAGUGCAGGAGACCCUCAUAGGACUGAAGACUCUGCAGCAUUGGGCUACUGUCCCCAGCACAACCCCCUGUGGCCCAACAUCACUGUAAAGGAACAUCUGGAGAUCUACGCUGCCGUCAAGGGCAUGAAUAAAGAGGACACAGACCGUGCUAUCAAACGGGUGAGUGAAGCUCUGGAGAUGAAGGAACAUCUCAGUAAACCAGCCAGGAAGUUGUCAGCCGGGGUCUCCAGAAAGGUGUGUUUUGCCAUCAGCAUGUUGGGUAAUCCCACUAUUGUUCUCCUGGAUGAACCUUCAACUGGUCUGGAUCCAAAAGGACAACAAAGGCUCUGGAGAGCCAUCCGAGCAGCCUUCAAGAACAGGGAAAGGGGUGCCAUCCUGACCACACAUUAUAUGGAGGAGGCCGAGGCUGUGUGUGACCGCGUGGCAAUCAUGGUGUCGGGAAAACUCAGGUGUAUCGGCUCCAUCCAGCAUCUGAAGAGUAAAUUCGGUAAAGGUUACCUCCUGGAGAUCAAACUAAAGGAUACUUAUCAGGUCGAUGUAAUCCACCAGGAGGUCCUCCGCCUCUUCCCACAAGCCGCCAAGCAGGACAGGUUCUCCUCUUUGUUGGUCUAUAAGAUCCCUAUGGACAAUGUCCAGUCUCUGUCUCAGGCCUUCCUACAGUUGGAGAAUGCUAAACAAAUCUUUAACUUCGAGGAGUACAGCUUCUCCCAGUCCACCCUCGAGCAGGUUUUCCUGGAGUUGGCCAAAGAACAGGAGAAGGAAGACUUCCACCUAGAUUCCUCAUUCCGAUGGAAACAACUGAGGAGCGAAGAGAUCUAA